GUGUUAAUAAAGUUUUUUUGUAAUAAAUACCGAUAGUAAUGAUAGAAAAUUGCGUUUCAAUGAAAGAAACGUGCUUUUUCCCAGAUACAUGAAAGCACUCUUUAUUAUUUUUAAAUUAUAAACAAGCAACUGCUUAAGAAUGAAUUACUUACCAGGGACGGCAAGUUUAAUAGAAGAAAUUGACAAGAAACUGCUGGUGGUUUUGAGGGAUGGACGUACACUGAUUGGAAUUCUUCGUAGUAUUGAUCAGUUUGCAAAUCUAGUGUUACAUCGGACAAUAGAGAGAAUACAUGUUGGUAAGAAGUAUGGCGAUAUCCCGCGAGGAAUCUUCAUAGUGAGAGGGGAGAAUGUAGUAUUGCUGGGGGAAGUGGACAUUGAAAAUGAGGGUAAGCUGCCACUGGAGGAGGUGCCCAUAGAUGACAUCCUGGAGAUGCAGCGGGAGGAGCAGAUAGUGAGGCAGGCCGAGGAGGAGCGUAAGAAGAAGGCCCUCAUAGACCGCGGCAUGCAGCCCACCACCAAUGAGUAUACGGACGAUAUGUAUUGAUGACAUGGGGGCUUGAACAUUGGGACAAAAAUGUGUGCACUUACGAUAUGUAUAUAUUGUUAUGUGCUUGUAAAAGUGGACAAAAAUUAGUCCACCUAUUCUGUGAGAUUCGCUUUGUGAAAAUUGGGCUUAAUGCAUGGGCGUAAAGUGUCGCCCCAGAUGAGCCUGUGCAGUAUGCACAGGCUAAUCAGGGACAAUACUUUCUGCUGUUAUUAUAUUUUUUGUUUAAAUGAAGUCUCUUCAAGGGAAAAUCAUGUUUAAGCGGCAACUUUCUUCCCUGAUAAGCAUGUGCGGACUGCACAGGCUAAUCUGGGAUGUACUUUAUGCACCUGCAUUGAGCCAGUGUUUCCCAGAGUGAGACACGUGUAUUGGUACUUGCUUGUAAAAAUGGACGAAAAUAAGUCCUCACAUUAUUAAUGUUUUGACACAUGCCUGCAAAAACCAGCCCACAACUUUACCCAACUUUGUUUUUGCUGCAAGAUGCAUUAAAAAGAAAUUGUUUGCUUGGGUUUGUUAAAAUUGAACAAAAGCAUUAUUCUGCUUUGAUUAUUCUGCAGGGUGCAGUAUAUUGCAAUCAGCGGCUUGAUAUUGUUAUGGGAGGGAUUUAAAGGCAAAGUUUGCUUAUGUAAAAAGGAACAACUUAAUGAUUCUGUGCUAUCACCUAUACAGUAUACAUGUAUAUUAACAUAAGAAUUUUGUAUUGAAUUAUGUAUUAAUUAAUUACCGGUAAAUAAGUAAGUAAUAAAUAUGACAGCCAAAUAUGCCUUUAUUCUUAUUGUGUUAGCAUAUUUAUACAAAAUGACUUUUGAACUGUAUAAUAAUACUUUUGACGUUUUGUAUGAAUUUUGACAUGAAAUGUUGUUGCAUAUAACUUGAGAUAUUUGCAAAAAUAAAGUUCUUAACGGUG